AACAAAUGUAUCCAGCCGAUCGAGCGUGUACCUACCGCUACCUGCGUGCCGUGCCAGCGUGCUGCUAGCCUGCUAGCUUCCUCGAACAAUCGCCAUGCCGCUGCUGCUCCUCCUCCGCGUCCUGCUCCUGGCCGCCGGGCUCGCCGUCUCCCGCGGCUACCCCACUGCCGGCGCCGGCGAAGGCAACCUGUACAACUCCAGCAUGUGCCAGAAGUCCUUCGAGUGCGGGAAGCUCAACAUCCACUACCCGUUCUACCUCUCCAACGAGUCCAGGGUCGUCGACGGGGUGUCCCAAUCCUUCUGCGGCUACCCCGGCAUGGCCGUGCGCUGCGGCGACGACGGGGCCACCGCCACGCUCCAGCUCGCCGGGGGCACCAACUACACCGUCCUCGGCAUCGACUACGACAACCACACCAUCACGCUCGCCGACGCCGACGUCUCCAACGGCGUCUGCCCCAUGGUCCGCCACAACGUCAACAUCCCGCGCGAGGCGUGGCUCAACUUCACGCCCACCGGCAACAGCACCAUCUCCUUCUUCCUCGACUGCAACUUCACCACAAACGUCACCGUCGCCCCUCUGCAGCCGCCUGAGCUCGUCCCGAUCAACUGCACCGGCGGCUUCGGGCGCGGGUCGUCGUUCCUCGCCACGCAGCUCGGCGCGCCGGACGGGAACUGGACACGGGCGUGCAAGGGGGUGUACGUGGCGCCCGUGCUGACCGGCGAGUGGCUGACGAGCCCGGAGUCCCGCGGGCGGCUCGGGAGCGGCGGGUACGGCGACGUGCUGCGCCGCGGGUUCCGCCUCAGCUGGGACCCCAGCGCCGGCCCGUGCUUCAGGUGCGAGCUGUCCGGGGGCCGGUGCAGCUACGACCAGCCCGGCGGGUUCCUCGGCUGCCUCUGCUCCGACGGCCGCGUGCGCAGCAUGGACUGCGGACCAAAGAAAACGAGCAAAAAGGCAAUAAUAGCAGUAGGAUCCUCCGCAGCAGCUCUGGUUCUGUUCGUGCUUCUCCUCGUCGUGUCGUUCCUGUACAUCCGCAAGAGGAGGCAGUACAAGAUGACCUCGUCGUCCAGGCUCCUCAAGUACAGCAACUCCGGCGGGACGCCCCGCUCCAGAGGCGGCAGCGACCUGGAUUCCGGCGGCGUCCACAACCUGCAGACGCACCACUUCGCCUACGAGGAGCUGGAGGAGGCCACCGGCGGCUUCAGCGACACCCGAGAGCUCGGCGACGGCGGCUUCGGCACCGUGUACAAAGGCCAACUCCGGGACGGGCGCGUGGUGGCGGUGAAGCGGCUGUACAACAACGGCUCCCGGCACGUGGAGCAGUUCGUGAACGAGGCGGCCAUCCUGUCGCGGCUGCGCCACCCGAACCUCGUCACCUUCUACGGCUGCACCUCCAGCCGCAGCCGGGAGCUGCUGCUGGUGUACGAGUACGUGCCCAACGGCACCGUGGCCGACCACCUGCAGGGCCACCGCGCUGCGGAGCGGGCGCUGCCGUGGCCGCUCCGCCUCAACGUCGCCGUCGAGGCCGCCGCGGCCCUGGCCUACCUCCACGCCACCGACCCGCCCGUGGUGCACCGUGACGUCAAGACCGCCAACAUCCUCCUCGACGCCGACUUCCACGUCAAGGUCGCCGACUUCGGCCUCUCCCGCCUCUUCCCGCUCGACGGCGCCACGCACGUGUCCACCGCGCCGCAGGGCACCCCGGGCUACGUCGACCCCGAGUACCACCAAUGCUACCAGCUCACCGACCGCAGCGACGUCUACAGCUUCGGCGUCGUGCUCGCCGAGCUCAUCUCGUCCAAGCCCGCCGUCGACGUCACCCGGGACCGCGACGAGAUCAACCUCGCCUCCAUGGCCGUGGCCAGGAUCCAGCGGUCCGAGCUGGACCGGCUGGUGGACGACGACCUUGGGUAUGGCUCCGACGAGGCCACGACGAGGGCGAUGACGAUGGUGGCCGAGCUGGCGUUCCGGUGCCUCCAGCAGAACAGCGAGAUGCGGCCGCCGAUCAGGGAGGUGCUCGACGGUCUCAGGGGCAUACAAGAUUUCAGCGCCAAGGAGAAGAAAUCGUACGACGUCGUCGUCGUCCCCCGCUCCCCGAACACCGUGCACGCUCCUUGGGACAGCAUGAGCACCACCCCGAGCAUUAGCCAGUAGACGUACGUGUAGAGAUCAAUGGUCGGAGCUUCCAAAUGUCACCACCCCUCCUCAGCGAAGAUGAAUGUAAAUAGAAAUGUCGGUUGUGUUAUACUAGGAGCGAAAACUUGUAACUCGUCCUAGUCUGUUGUUUAAGUUUGCAUUUGUCCCCUAUAAAAGCACAAGGCAGAUCAAAAUCAUCACCUGAACCGUCUGAAUUACAAAAUCUAAAGG